AUGAGUGUCAUCUGCUUUGCUUUUAUCGCAGGAGGAGUACUCCAGCCUGGCCUGCCAGUGCAUGGACUUUGCGGUCAGCUGCAUCGACCUCUGCCGGACGUCGGACGAGGUACAUUCGCUUCUGGCCGGCUCCGAGCCGAGACUCAGCCGACAGGAGAAGCUGCCGUUGCACACCUUCAAACUGGCCAUACAAUAUCGAGAGAAGAAGGUGAGUCCUUGCCACGCGAAGAUGUCUUUUUUGCUCUCGUAGAUGGGGCUUGGUCAGUUGGGGUUCAGUCCAUCUCGUGGCAUCGAAAUGGACAAACAACCUGUACAGCAUUGGCGUGGCAACCGAGGCUACAACAGCCGCUGUGUCUGUUGGCCGGUGUGAUUUGCCACUUUGUGUGA